GGGGGGAAGCUGCAAUUCAGCCUGCUUUACGGAGAAGUGCCUUGGGUUCAGUCAGAAGUGCAAAAGAAAUGAAAUGAAGGAUCAGCGGGCUCCUCUGAGAUGUUUCCAGGACUGCCACAAUCGCGAGCUGUGUCAGGAUGAUGGUUUACAAACGGCGACGUCAGCUGAGCAGAAGAGGGUAGAAGAAAGUAUUUGUGAAGUAAUUCAUGCCCACUUGCAGGACCACAGAGUGCCAAGACCUAUACUGCUGAGGGACCAGCAUGUAAUGUAUCUGAUGGAAGGACUGCAGCAUCUCUCCGACUCCUAUGAGAGUCUGGAUGCCAGUCGGCCCUGGCUGUGUUUCUGGCUCCUGCACAGCCUGGACCUUCUCCACCGCCCCGUGACCUUUGACCUCGCCUCAGAUGUGUGCAAGUUCAUCUCCAGAUGUCAGAGUCCAACUGGAGGCUUCGCUGGAGGUCCAGGCCAACAAGCUCAUCUUGCGCCGACCUACGCAGCAGUCAAUGCCCUGUGUGUUAUCGGAACACAGGAGGCUUAUGAUGUCAUCGACAGAGAGAGGUUGCUUGACUUCCUGUUGGCAUUGAGGCAGAGGGAUGGCUCCUUCCAGAUGCAUGUGGGUGGAGAGGUGGAUGUCAGGAGUAUCUACUGCGCUGCAUCCGUGGCUUCUCUCACUAACAUCAUCACCCCCGGCCUGUUUGAGAGCACCUGCGACUGGGUGGUCAGGUGCCAGAGCUGGGAGGGGGGGCUGGGGGGUGUCCCCGGCCUGGAGGCUCAUGGGGGCUACACCUUCUGUGGGCUGGCUGCCCUGGUUAUCCUGAAAGGACAACACCGGCUGGACACCAGGUCACUGCUGCGCUGGGCCUCCAGCAGGCAGAUGCGGUUUGAAGGAGGCUUCCAGGGCCGCUGCAAUAAGCUGGUGGACGGCUGCUACUCCUUUUGGCAAGCAGGGCUCUUGCACCUGAUUCAUCAGGCACUCGUGCAAGAAGGUGACGCCUUCUCUCAGUCCCUCCCCACUCUAAAUAUACCUGCUUUCUCCAGGUCAAUGCUCAGGUCAGAUCUGGAGUGGCUGGCUGCAUGUCCCGACUCCACUGCUCUCAGGGAUUUGUAUAUUUGUAAAACACAAACCUUUCAUUUCAUAGAGACAAUGGCGCGUCAUGUCUGUCUGUACUCACUAGUAGUAAGGCGUUUGUUACGGUUCACCAACAGAUCAAGGAUAAAUGUAAGGAGUGUGUUUCAAGUUAAGAGUCCUCUUAAUACUGAUUGAAGGGUGUCACCUUGUUUCAGUAUUAAUUAAUAAACAUGAAUACAGGCAUAUUCUGAAGAUGUGUUGUAUGCCAGAGUGUGAUGAGAGACGUGGCGUGACACCGAGGUGCUGUCGUUCCCAGGAGGAGAACUGCAGACCUUGCAGGAGAUCUAGACAUGUGUGGUUGUUAUGCUUGCAGGAGACCAAGACGUAAGUCUGGAGGAGUGUGUGUGUGUGGUUGCAGGAGACCCAGCCUUUAGUCUGGAGGUGUGUGUGUGUGUGUGUUU